CUGCAGCCAUUCUGAUAGCCUUGAAUUGCUCAUUGUCUGUCGGACACUCUCUCAUCCUAUCGAUUGUUUCCGUCUCUAUUACUAUUCCACUUAGUUGUCCCUUGUUUGAUCAAUCUCCAUGGCCGAUGUUGCCUUGCCUGAUAGUGCCGCUCCGGCCAACUCCUCCCCUCAUGAACCCGAUGCGCCCCCACUAAGUGCUGUCUCUGGUGGCCCGGCAGGAGGGACUGAACCUCCAUCGGAUCCGUUGUCUAUUUCGGAUGAGCUGAAGGCUCGCUUGGAUAAAGUGAUCUACUCGGAUAUUGGUGUCACGACUCUUCUGAACCGACUGAAACAAAGCCUUGCAUCUGCUAGGGACUUCUCCACGUUUCUGAAGAAGCGCUCCAGCUUGGAAGAAGAGCAUGCCCAAGGCCUGAGAAAGCUGUCUCGCUCGCUCCAAGAUGCCUCCCUCCGCUCCGAAAACCGCCAGGGUACCUACAGCCAGAGUUACAACGGCCUGAACCGCUUCCACGAUCGCAUGGCCGACCAUGGACUCCAGUUUUCCGUGUCGUUGCAGCAGAUGGCCGACGACUUGCAUGAGCUGGCCGCGAACAUCGAGAAGGGCCGGAAACAGUGGAAGGCCACGGGCCUGACGGCAGAGAAACGGGUGCUGGAAGCCGAGACGGCGGCGGAGAAGGCCAAGUCCAAGUAUGAAUCGCUGGCGGAGCAGUACGACCGCGUGAAGACGGGCGACAAGCAGGGGGGCAAGUUUGGCCUCAAGGGUCCCAAGUCGGCGGCCCAGCAUGAGGAGGAGCUGCUGCGCAAGGUGCAGAACGCCGACUCGGACUACGCCGCCAAGGUCCAGGCCGCCCAGACGGCGCGGAAGGAGUUGAUUGCGACCCACCGUCCCCAGGCCGUGCAGAACAUUCAGCAAUUAAUAUCCGAGUGUGACUCGGGGUUGGCCUUGCAGCUCCAGAAGUUUGCCACGUUCAACGAGAAAUUGCUCCUGGGCCAAGGUAUGACCAUCAGCCCGUUGAAGGACGGUGUGGGAACGGCCGCUAUUGGGCCCAAGAGCCUUUACGAGGUGGUCUUCCAAAUCGACAACCAGAAAGACUAUCACGAAUAUAUCCUAAGCCACGCAAAUAAUCCCGGCGCUGUGACGUCGGAACAGAUCAAAUACACACGGCAUCCGACACUUGCAGGGACGUCGUCGGGCCCUCCUGCGCCAGCGUCACAGACCAGCACGCAGCACAAGCGCCAAUCGACCAUGCUCCCUUCGACAUUCUCGCAGCCGAACCUCACUUCUACGCAAGCACCUACGCAAGCGCCAGCGCCGGCGCCGGCGCCGGCACCGGCCUCGAACACCCCGCAGCUCCCGUACCCGCAUAACCCCGAUUCGUUCGGAUCAGCUCCCUUCCAGCAGCCCACCUACGCCCAGGGACCCCCGCCGCCAGAGAAGGUGCUGACCGUGGUCGGUGGCCUACCAUCGCCUGUAAACAAUGUGCAGCAGCAGCAGCACCUCCCGCCGCUGAAGCCCGUGUUUGGCGUCUCGUUGGAGGAGCUAUACGAGAGAGACGGGACCGCUGUCCCCAUGAUCGUGUACCAAUGCUUCCAGGCUAUCGAGCUGUUUGGACUCGACAUGGAAGGGAUCUAUCGACUAUCGGGCAGUGCGACCCAAAUCGCGCAGCUGAAGUCCCUCUUCGACAAUGAUUCCUCCCAAGUGGAUUUCACGAACCCCGAGAACUUCCACCACGACGUGAACAGCGUGGCCGGCCUUCUCAAGCAGUUCUUCAGGGACUUGCCCGAUCCGCUAUUCACUUCCCAGUCAUAUACCGAAUUUGUCAACGCGGCUCGCCUUGACGAUGACACCCAACGUCGCGACACCAUCCACGCGCUGGUGAAUAACCUCCCAGACGCUCAUUAUGCCACCUUGAGGGCCCUCGUCCUGCACCUCAACAAGAUCCAAGAGCACUACACGCAGAACCGCAUGAACGCGGGGAACAUUGCCAUCUGCUUCGGACCAACCCUCAUGGGCGCCAGCUCCCACGGCAACAUCGCCGACGCAGGAUGGCAAGUGCGCGUCAUCGAAACCGUCCUCGUCAACACCUUCCAGAUCUUCGACGACGACUGAUUGAUUGAUUCGUAAUGAAUGAAUGCUAGCUCCUAUUUGUAAACUUGGAAUAUGCGUCUUUUAUCCCCCCAGCUUGCUAUAACCCCCUUUCCCUUGUUUUAUUUAUUUCCCCUUUGUGUUCUUCAACUUGGCUAUCUACCCGUUUCUCAGCUUUCUUUCUCUGGGUUGUCUAUUCUUUAUGUACCACCUGCUACUUAUACCUGCUACCUAUACCUAUACCUAUACCUACUACCUACUUCUUACCACAUACUUAUACUUCUUACUACAUACAUACCCCUCCACACAACUGGAUCAAUAUGGAAAUUCCACUACCAACCAGGCCUUACUGUAAAUCACGCCAGUUUCCCAUGUGAUGAAUUCACCUAUCUAUCCAUCACCCUCCCUCCCUCCUCCCCCUACUGUGACGCGACAAGAUGAGUGAGAGAGAGACAAG